GUGCAGUUGGCGUGAAGCUUCACUGAAGCACUACUGAAGCACUAUUGCAAUGCGACGCCGGUGGCCGAAAACAGAAGUGUGAUCGAGUCAAGCUGAACCUUAUUUUGCUUCAUUACUUGCAUACCACUUUGUUGCAUUGCUUAGACCGCCACUAUUCAGGAAUCAUGGACUUUGAGGAGACACCCAGCAAGAUUACAACCAAGGAGUUUCUAGCCGUUGUUCUCGCAGGCUUUGGCAAUGAACUAGCCCCGUUGACAAGCAACAACGGCGACGAACCAUGUCCCAAGGCUCUCCUUCCUAUUGUCAACAAGCCAAUGCUCGAUUACCCUCUAGCAUGGCUGGAAGCAUCUGGGAUUAGAGAUGUCCUUCUGAUCUGUCCUGCCCCUCACCGUGCCUCAGUAUUACAUUAUAUCAACUCUGAUUCAUCGGCAUCGUCGUUCCCCUCACUCAGGAUUGAUCUACAAGCCUUUGACGAGUCAGAGAAUUUGACUGUCGGUACAUGUCAACUUCUUAGACACUUCGCCCAUCGGAUCGAUCAGGAUUUCAUUAUUGUCCCCUGUGACUUCAUUCCCCCGCCUUCCCUGCCCCUAUCUAGAGUCUUGAACAAGUUCAGGACAGAGGCAACAUAUGAUGGCGCUAUUGCCACCACCCUCUUCUUUGAGCAACCAAAGCCAGACAAGACCAGUACCCCGGAAGAAUGGAGAUCAGGUCCUGCAUCUACUUCCGUUGUCUGGGAUGAGAAGUCGGGAACAUUACUGCACGUUGAUACGCCUGACGAGAUCGACGAUGACCCAGAAGAAAUGGCUUUGAAUAUGAGCCUCUUGCGAAGAUAUCCCCGUUCAAAAUUGUCGGCUAACCUACAAGAUGCCCAUGUCUACGUCUGUCGAAGAACUGUCCUUGACGUUCUGAAGGAGAAGCCGCGUUUCGAUUCCAUUCGUGAAGAAUUCAUUCCAUGGUUAUGCACGCCUCAAUACAAUUCCCGUAAGCGUAGUAAAUACGGCCACAUAUUGAACCCACUGCAUAACCUUCCGUCGCAACGUCUCGCGCUGGAACACUGUACCUUGCAUACCGGUUUACCCUCAGCCUAUGAACCCCAGUCUGCUCUCUCAUCACCCAUGGAUGAAGUUGCUCCCACUGAAACAUCAAGUCUGCGAGUAGGUGUCGUAGUCCAUCGCGCCAGCGCAGGAUACACCGCACGAGCCAACACGCUUCAGACUUAUCUUGAGCUCAAUCGACACUUCCUCUCUCAGACAACAUACGCCCUGCCAAUAGACUCAGAGAGUCGGUCACUGAUCGAUCCCAAAGCUCAAAUCACUUCGGAUUCCAUGGUGGGACAUACGACAAAAGUUGGCGAGCGGACAAAUAUAAAAAAGUCGGUCAUUGGCAAGCACUGUGUCAUUGGAAAGUACGUCAGAAUUGUUGGAUGCGUCAUUCUUGACCACUGUGUCAUAUCCGAUGGUGCGAAGUUAGACGGAUGCAUACUUGGCACAAAUACCACCGUCGGUGUCAAGUCGGAGUUAUCAAAAUGUAUCACCCAAGCAGGCUACGAAGUGGGUGAUGGAGGUAUGCAUUGUUGUUUCCCAUACAGCAAGUAUCUGACAGUAAAGCACUAGAAAAUUAUAAAAACGAGAGGCUGGACGUGUCAGAUUGGGCAGCACCUCAGCAUGACGACGAUACAUCCACUGAAGAAAGUGAUGAAGAGUAAUGUAGACGAUAACCCUGUAUCGUUAAACACACAUGAUGUAUCUUAGAUUCGCAAGGUCGAGUACCUUGACUGUAUCAUGAUCAUAACAGUGGCAUAAUUGUAUCAGAGCAUGGAAGUAACAUUGAACGAAAGAAGUAUAGAACACGAAAAAAAGAACCUUUAACGAUUUCUCUGAGCGCCCGACAUCUGGUUACCCAAUCCCUGUGCGAACCGAGCUCCUCGUCCGCCCCGUGCACCACCACGUAGACCGCCACGGGUGCGCUCUCCUCUUCCUCGUCGUUCUUGGGUCUGUUCACCAG